AUGUAAAGGGAAAAAAAUAGAAAAGGUGGUUGGAAAAAAAGUAACAAUAAGGUAAUUGUUAUUUUUAUAAAAAGCUUAUUUAAAAUUAAAUGAAAUUAGAUACACUAAGAAUAGAAGUUAUUUUAUUUAAUAUUAAUGAAAAAAAGAGAGAGAGAUAUUAGUAUUAAAAAGUAGCAUAAAAAUUUGAGAUUAGAAAUGGAUGA